GUCCUCCUUGUCAAAGGAGAGAAUCCGCAUGACACCAAAGUGCGAUUCUUCAUUUCUUUCUCCUAUACCUAUCAUUAUAGGUGUUAAAUAAGUGAAAGUGUAGGUGCUUGAUACUUAUGCGAAAAAUUGAAAAAUAUAUAUAUAUAUAUAUAACUACACGCAGUAAAAGGAGGUGGGCUCCAUUCCAAGUCCAAGCUGUCCAAGUGCCGAUCAAAAUAUAUAUAGGAUAAAAGAAGAGUGAGAGUGAGAGACUCGGUGGUAAAGAGAGGGAGAGAGGUUAUGGCGGAGUGCUGGAGAGCAGCAGCUCGUGCACGCUGCAGCCACAACAUCCAGUUGCCGAAAUCUCACCGCCAUCGAUGCUCUCGGCAUUAACGUCCUGGUUCGAGGGGAUGAGCUUGGCUGCCAGUGUGUCGUUAAAGUAGCUGAAGUUGCCGCAGUAUCAAAAGGACCGAGCUCAACUCUUGGUGGUGUGUUGUUACUGUGUUGUGUUGUGUAUAUUCUCUCACUCACGCCGCACGCGGGUAUAUAUAUACACACAUCUCCAUGUAUAUGCCUUUAUAAGGAUAGAGGGAGAGAGAGUGCGGAAGGGAAAAAGAAAAGAAGUUACGUCGAAGUGUGGAUAACAAUGGCACAACAUUUCGUGACAGUUUGUGUUGUGUGUGUAUUAUGCGCAGCUCACACGCCAUGUUACGCUCAUAUGAACUUGUCAUCACAAAUCGCAAAACAAAUACCUGGUGAGAAAUAUCCAACAGAAUCCCUAGGUCGCAGUGAACCUUUGUUACCACUUAAGACAGAAACAACUGUAUUACCACAGUUGAAAGAUUUUCAUACCAAAUAUCCCAAAGAAACUAAAAGUCUAGAACAUUUGUUUAGCAAAAUGCCUGAUGACAAGAUUGUGAAAUCUAGUGUUGACUUGAUACAAAGUUACGAACACAUUAGUGCUCACAAACAGUUGAGCGAACAAGAACUUAUAGACAAGCAACAAGAGUUGCUUGAUAGCCAAAAGGAGCUCCUAGAAAAACAGGAGGAACUAAUCGAAAAACAAAAAUACCUGCUAGAACAUGGCACUACGCAACAAAUGCUGGAAGGACAAAAAGAACUUAUCGACAACCAAAUGAAGCUAAUAAAAAGUCGGGGAGAAUCAAUUGAAAAGUAUCUAUUGUUACAGCACUUGCUGUUCAAAGAUUUUACAAAACAUCAUCUUAGUCCAGAAGCUUUAAGAUUAAAAAGGGGCUCAAAACUUGAUGAUCAGUACUUUGUCAAAAAAAUAUCUGAUCAUUAUGGAAAUAAUGGAAAAAUGACAAUUGAAGGUUUUGACAAGCUUGUGGCAACUAUGAGUCUGUUUCAGUCUGAAGUCAACAUUAGUGAACAAGAAAUUCAUAGUAUCGACAGCAAUCGAUCAGGAAGUCCUUUAGCUGGUGUAAAAGAUCCACAGAGCAAGAAGGAAUCGCAGGAUGGCAGUAAAAAUGUAGAUAAAAAAGAAAGGUGUUUAGGCAGCAGGGAACUGUUGAGCGCGUUAUCGGGCGACGAGGCAUACGAGAGCGCUAAUAAAAACGCGACCCUACCUGGCUGGCUGCUCGAGAGUGUAUGUCCAGCGCUUGUUUAUCAACUCGCGGUUGUAUCAGACCUGCAGAGAAGUGGUUGCGUCCAAGUGUCGCUCGAGGACUUGGCGCCACUACCCGUACCCGAUCAUCACCACUACGAGAAGCCGAUCACUUCCAACGACAUGUUUCUCGUAUGGGGAUGCGCUUCCGUCAGCGUCGUAGCAAUCAGUUUGGUUGGUCUAGUUGGCAUUGCUGUAAUACCGCUCACGAGCAAAAGUUACUAUUCUCACGUGCUUCAGUUUUUGGUCGCUCUUGCCGUUGGCACUUUGUGCGGCGAUGCCCUUAUUCACCUUAUACCUCAUGCCAUGAUGUUGGGACCAGAACUUAAUAGUCAUUCUCACGAAAAUCAUCAACUGCAUUUAAGUUUGGAAUAUUUAGAAAAACAACACACUUUAAAUAUGUGGAAAGGUCUGACGAUAGUUUUGGGCGUGAUAACCUUUUUUGCAACUGAAAAGGCACUGAACAUUAUGUCUGAGUGGCUCAAGUAUAGAAAAAAUCGCAGAAAAAUGCCGGUAAGAGUGAGAGUUAUGAGGGAGUCGGACCCAGAAAACAGCAACAAUGUAGGUGAAAAACUGUGCAAACACAAGUACUCGACGUAUCCUUACUGUUACGGAGAAAUCGUGCCAGAAACUCAAGAUGAUCGCCAUAUUUUCAAACACAAUCACUGCGAGAAGCCACAAACUAUUGAAGAGGAAAAACCUUUGACUUGCAAUUCCACAAAUUGUAACUCUGUUUCUAGUAAAAUUAUGCAAAAUGAUUUAGACAAAAAAAACAGCGGAGAAUGGAAACUCGACGAUUCUGUGAUUAACGAUACGAAAAAAGCAAUGGACGCUUCAGAUAUUCCGCUGAACGAUGCCGAAGGUUAUACUGUGAUCAUUAGGGAUCAUGAUGCCAAACAUCAUGGCCAUGGGCACACGCACAAUCAUGUGCAUUCUGCGCCAAGUUCAAUGUCUAGUGUUGCCAUGAUGGUUAUUAUGGGAGAUGGCCUGCACAAUUUUACUGAUGGCAUGGCAAUAGGUGCUGCUUUCUAUGGAAGUCUUGGUGGAGGAUUUUCCACAGCUCUUGCUGUUUUAUGCCAUGAACUGCCUCACGAAUUGGGUGAUUUUGCCGUUUUGUUAAAAACAGGCAUGAGCGUUAGACAAGCUGUUUUAUAUAAUUUACUAUCGUCGAUACUUUGUUUUAUGGGCAUGAUACUCGGAAUAGUAUUUGGUGCUGUAUUUGAUAGUAUCAGUUGGGUAUUUUCUCUAACUGCUGGGAUUUUUCUCUACAUAGCUCUUGUCGACUUGAUGCCGGAAUUGUCUUCAAAUCAUUCAAUAAAACAAGGUGCUCACUGGCAAUUCCUUAUACAAACAGCCGGUAUGAUAACUGGCUUUGCACUGAUGUUAAUUAUCGCACUUUAUGAACAUGAUCUCCAACAUAUAUUUAACAGCUAAGCGCAAGUAUGACUUGUUUACAAGAAAAAUAGUACAUAAAUCGAUGCGCGUCGAUAUCAUUACGUGGUCAAUUUGAAACCUAAGAGUUGAAUUACAGCAGACUUUUGAAUGCUCGAAUUCUCGUAUCAAGUAAUAUGAACUCAUGGUGCGUUUUCGGAUAAGUUCCAUUACUUGCGUAAUAUCGUGAGCUAUUAAGUUCAACGUAAUUACGUGGAAUGCAUGUAAAUUAAAAUAAAAAUAAAAAAUUAUAAAAAAGUGUAAAAAGUAUACAGUUCGCAUUUUCGACAUGUCUAAAAUUUAGAUUUUUGUGAGCAUUAAAUAUCAACAAUGUGUAAAAAUUACAAUCACUAGUAUAUACAGAUAAUCUUUGCAUAUUAUAUUUUGAAAAACAACCUUUAAACAAUAAAAAAAAAUUUCAGCUAAAAUUUUGUCAGUUUACCUGUAGCAAUUGAAAAAUAAUUUUAUUAUCUUUCUAAUUCGAUUUAGUUACUAAAUAUUAUGUUUUGUUGUAUGAGUAAUCAACAGUGUAGUUAUUUUUCUUUUUUAAAUGUUUCUGUAGUGUUUAAUUUUUUGGUGAAGAAAAAAAUUGAAAAUACUUA